AUGGAAUAUGAUGGGGAAUUAGAUGUAGAAAUCGAAGCUUUUGGUGCAGAAUUGGAAAACUUGUUGCAGGGUGAUUUGGGCAUCAACAUGGUGUUCAUUCUGCCAGAAAAGUUCAGAGCUGCAGAAGGAAAAGAAAGCACUAUGGAGGGAGAUGUUUUCUCCCAGGAAAGUUUCGAAUGCAGGUUAGCAGAAGCAGAGGAGGUACCAGAACAGCAAGCAGACAGUCCCAGGACAAGUGGAACUACCAACAAACUAACUGCAAAACAGCUUUGUUUCUCCAAACCAACCAAGGAGGUGGCCAAUCAUCUCAGACCUUUGUUUAUAACAACAAAUUUUGGAGGUGUUCCUAUUCCCAAAGUCAUGGUAGAUGGAGAUGCAGCCAUUAAUCUUCUGCCUCACAGAAUGCUGAGCAAAAUGGGCAGAACAGAGAAGGACUUGAUCCCAACACGCUUAACUGUCACCAACUUUGCAGGGGGCAUCACCAAAACUCAUGGGAUCCUAGAUGUGGAUGUCAUAGUAGGAAGCAAGAAGCUGAAGGUUGCAUUCUCUGUGGUGGAUACUAGUUCUACCACUUACAAUGCACUGCUUGGCAGAGACUGGAUUCAUCAGAGUCUAUGUGUUCCUUCCACUCUUCAUCAACAGUUAGCUUUAUGGAAUGAAGAAGGUUACAUGGAGAUAGUAGAGGCUGAUCCACGGCCAUUUCUGCCUUCUGCCAUGUGUUUCGAAGGAAGGUACUAUCAUGAUGACCUUGGUUCUUUCACCUUCCUUGGAGUCAACCAGAACGGCCGCCCCCAUGGUGUCACGGCCUAG